AUGGCCAACUUCCCAAAAUACCCUGACCUUCAAGGCAAAGUCGCCCUGAUAAUGGGUGCCGGCCAAACACAUGUACCAGGCUCCGAAGCACGGGGUAACGGAGCAGCCAUCGCUCAAUGCCUCGCCCAAAACGGUGUCCAAGUAUUCGGCUGCGACGUGAAUCUCCAGGCUGCAGAGCUUACUGCUUCAAGGAUCCAAGCAGAAGGCGGGAAAUGCGACAUUGCCCAAGCCGAUGUGACCUCGGAAAAGGACGUGAGGAGAGUCGUGGACGCCGUGAUGUCAAAGUAUGGCCGAAUUGAUAUCUUAAUCAACAACGUAGGCGCCACAGUGGCCGGUGAUCCAGCCAGCAUGCCUUCCGACGUAUGGGACAAACAAAUCGAUCUCAAUUUAAAAAGCGUCUACCUCGCCUGCCAUGUGGUGCUUCCGAUAAUGGAAAAGCAAGGGUCGGGGUGCGUCGUCAACAAUGCGUCUAUUGCGGGCUUGAGGUAUAUUGGAAAGCCACAGGUUGCGUAUUCUGCGGCAAAGGCUGCGGUGAUUCAGUUUACGAAGGUUACAGCGGUCAUGUACGCGCCAAAAGGUGUUCGAUUGAAUACGGUAGUACCGGGCUUCAUUCACACGCCUUUGGUGGAUAACUUCAAAUUCAACGGUCAGAAAGAAGUUUAUGAUAAGAUUACACGACAGCCUGUCCCCUUGGGGCGCAUGGGAGAUGCGUUUGAUGUAGCUAAUUCUACGGUGUUUUUGGCUAGCGAUGCGGCCAAGUAUAUCACUGGGCAGAUUUUGGUGGUGGAUGGUGGAUUUACAAGUUCCGCUGCGUCUCUAUAG